AACGGCACAGAAAUCUUCUCUUCAUCUUUUCAUGUAAUCCGACUCGUCCCUUUGCAAUGUGCUGACAGAGGAUGCAGAUGCAGCGCAGUUCCAGGGCGCCAUCAAAUAGGUUUUGGGCAUCCAGAUCCACGAAAACAAGGAAACACGCUCCCGUCGCAAAGAGAACUGAAAUAAAGCCGGAGGCGGAAUUUGUGGCGCUCUCUUCCCGCGGCUGCUGCACCCAAAUCCGGUAACCGAGAACACUCCGACAAUGGAACAACAAGGCAGAGGAGGCAGAGGAAAGAGCUGCGGAGAGAUUAAUUCGGUACCGCAAUCUGACGCACGCAUCGCGGGCCUCCCCAUAUCUCCUCAACCACAACAAAGGGCGCAACCAACCUCUGGCUGGCCGGAAACGGCGGCAUAGAUGGGGCAUUCAAAACAGGGCCAGGAACGGCACGGAGACCAAAAUUCUGGCUUCGCCUUCAUCUGUCAACCGGCGUGUGCUCCCUUGGGUCUCGGGACUUUGCAACAGCGCCUCACCAGCAAGUAUCAGCCUUCUGGACGACAUCUGGAGGCCACGAGGGCUGAGCGGAUAACAAGGCCGCUUUUCCAAGAUGUCACGACAACUGACCGUGGACCAGGUCCAGCAGCACAAUGACCAGUUGGGUACAUUUGACAAAUGGGCGAUUAUCCAUGGCGAGGUCUACCGCCUCGCGUUGCUCCCAUUCCACGAUCUCAGUAUGCCAGGUAGUGCAGUGAUGGAAUACUUGAACCGUUGGACAAUCCCGGACGUAACUGCUUUUUUCCCCGUGAAUAUUGGGGAAAAUGACGGUGACUGGCAGAAGGUGAGGAAUUCUGUUGAUGCCCGUGUUGGCACGAUUGUCCAGGCGCCGCCGGUAGGAGCACCACCUCAGGCCCCACAAGGACAGCCUCAAGCACCCCCUCCAGCACCACCUCAAGGAACGCCUCAAGUCCCGCAAGGAACGCCUCAAAUCCCGCAAGGAACGCCUCAAAUCCCGCGAGGAACGCCUCAAAUCCCGCAAGGAACGCCUCACAGCCAGGCAUCAGUGCAGAGUCCGCCAGGGCGCGAUGAGCCGCCCCAGAACCAGGAGACAGACGCGCAGCGCGAGGCCAGAGAAAGGGCCGCCGAGAUACAGCGCCGCCGGGAUGAGGCGCGCACCAGGAGGCUCCGCAAGGCGUACAACCCGCUGCGGGCGGACCCGGACGACGCGGGCGAGUACCCGGCGGACGCGGUGGCCAUGGGCUACCUGCCGGACCUGGACGGGCGGCGGUGGCGCGAGAGGCGCAUGCGGCUGCGGCGCUUCAUCGAGUUCAUCGACGGCCAAAACAUCGACGACGCCGACGUCAGCCACGACACCGCCCAGUACCUCGACCUGGACUUUGCCCGCGAGAUCGUGUACAAGAGGCACCUCCGCGGCGGCGAGAAGAGGUUCUGCACGGGGCCCUUCCGCCGCAGGAGGCCGCCGCCGCGCCGCGACCAGGUCCGCCGGAAGCCCGGCCUGCCCCAGGGCCCCUUUGGGCCGCCGCCGCCGUCCGCUCCGGACUCGGACGACGACGGCGGUGACGACGGCGGUGACGAGGGCUUCCAGGUACAGGAACUUCCCUCGCAGGGAGGCACGGACGGGCGCGCACGGCCAUGGGCGCCCUCUACAUCCGACUUCAGGACCGUCGGGCUGAAUGGGCAGCCAACGCCGCCGAGGUCGCCUGGGGAUGUGGGUGGGCAGGACGGGCAGGAGGAGCCGCAGAGGCAGCCCACGCAGCCGCCGCCCCGCCCUCCCACUCAACCGGGCCAGUUGACCAUGGAGCAAGAGCAGGAGGUGGCCAAGCAAAACCGACAAAGGGAGAAGGACGCGGCCGAGCAGAGGCUGGCAGAGCAGGCACGUCAGGCACAGGCUGCGUUCUGGGGCCAAGCAGACAAUCCGGACCAGCCGGGGCAGCAGCAGGGAAAAGCGGCGGCAGCAAUUGAACGAAUGAGACGGCGGUCGCAAACCGCGGCAGAGCAGUCAACACCAACACCUGCACCUGUUCGAAGACGGAGCCAGGUCGAAGAAGACGAUCGGACGAAGCGAGCGGACGUGCCCAGACAACCGGAGAGGAACGUGCGCAGACAACAGGAGAGGGACAGGAACGCGGGCAGGCUGAGAGAACUACAAAGGGUCCAGCGGGCCCGGCAAGCCGCUGAGAUCCGCAGGGUUCGUGAGGCGGCCCAACGAGCCCAGCAGGCCCAGCAGGCCCAGCAGGCCCAGCAGGCCCAGCAGGCCCAGCAGGCCCAGCAAGCCCAGCAGGCCCAACAGUCCCAGCAGGCCCUCCAUGCCCUACAGCAGGCCGAGCAGGCCCGCAGGGAUCGUGAAGCCCAGCAAGCCCUACAAGCCCAGCAGGCCGAGCAGGACCGCAAGAACCGUGAGGCUGCGAACCAGAGCGCGGAACCGGCGGACGUGCAGCAGACGCGAGAAAGAAUGGCGGAACAGGAGAGACAGGCCCGCGAGAUCGUGGAACGCCAGAGGCAGGAGGAACUCAGACGACAAGAAGACGGCACAAAGCAGGCCAGCAGUGCGCCGACGGGCCCACCCCAGGAUUAUAAUCCCACAAGCCCCGAGGCCUUGAGGAGGUUGCAGGAACAGAGUCAAGACACGCUCAGGCGGAUGCGGCAUGCAGAGAUUGUGGCGGUGCGGGCCGCAGAAAGAGCGCGGGCACAAGAACGCAUCCAAAGAGAACAGGACCUUGCCAACGCGCAAAGGGCCAGGGAUGCUGCUGCUACCGCCGGCGCCGCCACCACUCCUUCUACCGUCACCUUUCGUCCUCCCUCUACUCCCUCCUCUUCUUCCACGGGGACGAGGCAUUCAGACGAACAUCAAGACCAACAAGAAGAAAGAGCGCGGGAACAAGAACACCUCCAAAGAGAACAGGAUCUUGCCAACGCGCAAAGGGCUAGGGAUGCUGCUGCCGCCGCCGCCGCCACCACCACACCUCAUCCCACCACAUCUACUCCCACCUCCGCUCCUCCCAAGGGGACGAGGAAUUCGGGAAAAUUUCAGGACCAAACUGAACGCAUCAUGUCGUUGAGGAGACUCAACAUGUCACUAGAAGAGGCAAGAGAUAGCAUCGCCAGAGAGGACGGAGGGCUAGUAGACGUCAGAGGGAGGGUGGUCUACACGCUACCAACAGAAGCCGGUUCAAGCAAUACCGGCACCGGUGGCCGCGCCAGCACGAGGACAUCAUCCAAUCCACCCACGACCAGCACGCCCCAGCCUCCCACUACCAUCACGCCCCAGCCUUCCACUACCAGCACGCCCCAGCCUCCCACCACCAGCACGACCAAUACGCCCGAGACACAGAGAACCACGGGCAAGGUCAACACCCUACAGACUCCCGUAAAGACUCCCGUAAAGGCACCCGCCCCGGGGCCAUCUGACGGUGACUCGCCCAGUAAGUCGAACACGCAGCAAGGACAGCAGCAGCAGACAGGCCCCCCCUCCCUCAACCCCUCCGACCCCCAGAGCUUUGACCACGGGGAAUGGCUCCGCCACAUCAACGAUACCUGGGACGACGAUGAUGACGCCCGGAAUGACCCAACGCCCGAAAACAAUAAUAACCAGCACCAGCAGCAACAACAGCAACAACAAGAGCAGCAGCAGCAGCAGCAACAACAAGAGCAGCAGCAGCAACAACAACAACAAGAGCAGCAGCAGCAACAGCAACAGCAACCACAGGAACAACAGGAACAGGAGCAGCAGCAGCAGGAGCAGCAGCAGACAGCCCCCUUCAUUCCCUUCGACCCCCCAACCUUUGACCACGGGGAAUGGCUCCGCCACGAGGACGAGCACUGGGACGACAAUAACCCCGAUGCCACGUCUCAGCCGCCGACCGCCACGACCACCGCCCCCCCAGCCUCGACCUCCGCCGGCCCAAGGCUCAGUGUGCCAUGGCCGCCCCCCCAGUUCGGACCUUUCGGCGGCCGCCUCCGUGGCCCCACCGACACCGACGACGACCUGAUGGCGCCGGCUCCCAGUGGUGACGCCUCCCCAGCCAGAAUAUUCAGCCCCCCCAGUCUCGGGUCCCCCAGCGCCGCCUCCACCGUUAUCCACGACGGGGGGGAUCAGGCCCAGUUGAGCGUGGAGGAUCAGGCCCUGUUGGAAGGGGCUUUCAGGAACCAAUCCGCCUCCGCCUCCGCCUCCAGGCCCACCGCACACGCCCGCCCCGCCGCGACCACCGCGACCAACGCUGCCUCGGGCCUCCCCGGUAUCUUCGCCGAUUUGAUCAGACGACCUACCGGGCCCACCGCCCCCGCCGCGGCGUCCGGCCCCACCCGGCCGCCGACCUGGGCUUUCCCCUCCGCCAGCACCGGCAUUGGCACCGGCACAGGCAGCGGCAGCAGCGCCACGGCGUCCGCCCCCACCCGGCAGCCCACCCGGCAGCCCACCCGGCAGCCGACCUGGUCUUUCCCGGUCGGCAGCACGGGCACGGGCACCGGCACCGGCAGCAGCGCCGCGCCGCCCGCGGCCACCACCAGCAAGGCUUCUUCCUCAGGCGGCCGUGUCGCCAAGACAGGGGGCGCUGGCGGCAGGUCUUCUGCGGCCGCCGGGUCUAGGCCUGGGCCUGGGUCUGUGUCCGGACCGAGAUCUGCCGGACCUACCCUGCGGUCUGGCAGGACGAGGCAGUCGAGGCGCUGAGAUCGGGUGGGGGUGAUGUGGGACCGAACCUGAUGUCUCUCUGUUGACAGAACAGUGGGAGAUAUCUCAUAAGGGUAUUGAAUGUAUCAACUACGGGAGAUAAGAUGAAAUACGGAAGUGUGGACAUUGUGAGGCUGCGUGUGGGAAUAAUUUAUUUCCAUCUCAGGGGUGCAUUGGUUUUUUGGGACGGACGGGGUAGGAAGAAGGGUUGACGCUGGAUUCUUGACCGAGGAGAGAGAGAGAGAGACAGAUGUGGCGUGUUGAUCUGUUGGAUCAGCCGUUGUUGAUCUCUCUUUCUGGGAUUUGCACAUGUGUGUGGGGACUGAGAGGAGAGCCUUGUUAAAAGAGAGUGGUGCGCCGCGGAGAGUCGUCCAGCGACGGUGGCUGGCUCACACCUAUUCCUCCAAACAGGAGCAGACUUCCCUUUGUCUUUUGAUAGUUGCGAUCAUUGAAGAAUCAAUUAG